AUGACUUCCCAACCUCCCACUGUUCAACCAAUGCCUUCGCAACCUAUACCUUCUUCUAUGGCUUCCCAGUGUGCUGGUGCUAGAGGCACAUCAUUAUCUUCCCCCUCUCAACAUAAUGCUUCACCAAUCUCAAUGCCAUCGUGCCGUAAUCAAAAUGUACCAAAGGUAGUCCAACAAAUGUCAACUGAAGCAAGUGAAGCAUCUACAUAUGUUGAUGAUGACCCUCCUAUUGGUGCAGUGCUUGAAAUUAUUGAACCUUGUAAUGAUGGGUUUUAUCCAAGCAGAGUUGCCUCUAAGGCAAUCACAAAGACAAUUAAGCAACAAUACGUUCAACCAUGGUUGACCUGGGGUGCAAUGUCAGAUGAAGAGAAGAAUGUCUUCUUCCAAAGAUUCAAGAGAAAGGUUACUUGGAGACCUGAACAUGAUGAGAAGAUCAGAAGGAUUUUCAACACAAAGGCUUCUCAUAGACUUUCUGAGAUGUUUCUGGAAGCAAGAAAAACUGGAAAAAAACCUACCUGGAUGUUUGACAGAGUAUGGCAUGAAUUGCUAGCUAAGUGGAACCAGCCUGAGUUUCGCUCAAAGAGUGCUCGUAAUCAAAAGAAUCGAGCAUCUGAGAAGGGUGGAAGUUUGCACACAGGUGGCUCAAUCACCAUUCACGAGCAUGCCCUUCGCAUGGCACAAGAGUUGGGGCGUUCUGUACAUGUUGAUGAGGUUUUCCACCAAACUCAUGUUCGUAAGAUAACCAGUGAUUUUGUGGAUCGAAGAUCUAAGAAGACAUAUGUCAGAGGAUUUUCAGAUCAUAUUUUCUCAAGCAAGAUCGGAGGCAAAACAAACAUAUAUGGAGUUUCAGACCUUCUUUUUGGGUGA